UUGGGGGUGGGGAGUAAGUCUACCUCUGAUCCUGGGGGUCUAAAAAGGUGAGGAAAAGAAAAAUUUCCUGAUUGCAGCAAAUACCCUUCCCUAUGUAACACAGUGCUAAUUGCUGGAAUAUGGGUUGGGGAGGGUAGCAGCUGCACAAGCAAACGCCUGCUUGUCUCUUUUUUUUUUUUUUUUUUUUUUUUGUGUGAUACUACUCACUAGUACUACAGUAAGUGGUGUUUAAGCUACCGUGUGACACAGAAUACGGACCCUGAAGAUAGUGCUACCCUUAACGCCUCUCCAAUCCAAGAGAAGGUGAAAUGCAGACUAAAAAGCAAGGAAGAUGGGCAGUGAUGAAACGAAAUAGAAAUGUGAAUGGAAGCUUUAGGCAUACAGAACCGCGAGUAUCAGAAAUACAUGGACGUCAUCUGACAAGAUCAGCUAAAACAAUAGCCAAAGAAUACAUACCUUCAGAACUACAGAGAUGAGAGUUCCUAAAGUGAAUACUGCAUGAAAAUUAGCUUAAAAGAGAAUCAGAAAUAGUCAAAUUAUCUUAAGUGAAUAGAAAACUGCCUGGUUCAGGUUUAUAUAUUUAGAGAAGCAACAUGCAGGGGCAUCAGAAACAUAGUCAUAGACUUAAUCGUGUGUCUUGUGCUGGAAGCAUCAUGGAUGAAACAGACAGAGAGGUCAGCAGCCUUACUGACCGUGCCUUCAGAAGUCUAUGUAUAGCUGAAGGACCUUAUGAUGAGCCUAAAUCUAUUAUGACCACACCAAGAAAAGCUGCUUUCCAUGUUAGCAAAUCUCAUAAUAGCAAGAACAAAAAGAAAAGUGUAAAUGAAAUGAAUGCUUUAAAGAAGCUCUCACUCCCAAAUGAUGUUGGCAAAGAAGUCACGUUUAUACGCUUGCAGCCUGCCUUACUGAAUACUGUCCAAGAAGAAACAUUUGUAAACAGUGAUAUAGCAACAGCUGAAAAUAAAGCUCUUCCUUCUUUGACACCAAAAAAGAACAAACCUGUUUCAAAAGUGUCCUCUCUGAUAAAAGCGUUCAGUACAAAUGAAGAACUGGGAAGAGAGUCAAAUGUAAGUGCAGAAAAGUUAAAUGAAGAGCAUUCAAAGAAUGACAGGCUACAAAUGGAAAGUUAUGUGAAAAAUGAAGAUGAUGCCAUAGUGUUAAAACUUCAGAAAGAUUUGUUAGAACAGUCCGCUAAAUGUCAAGAAAGCCACAGUCACAGUAAAGAAUCCAAAAAGCUAGGGAAAACCAAUGAAUUAAAUGACUUUAAAGCAAUGGAAAAAGAUUCUAAGUGUGUAGUUGUUUCAGAUCAUGGUCAAAGUGAUAUACCUUCAUUGAAUUCUAAUAAGAAAACCAGCAAGAACAAAAGUGAAAAGUUAAAUAGGGAGAAAAAGCUGCCAUCAAAAAGCAUUUUCCUUCAUAGUGAAAACAGUGCAUUCAAAUCGUGGAAAGGUCACAGAAAUUCGGAAGAGGAGGAGGAGGAGGAAGAAGAAGAAGAAGAAGAAGAUAUUAACAAUUUCUUCAAAAUAACUGACCUUUCUAACUUAUGUGAGAAAGCCCUUGGAAUAGAAAAUGUCCAUAAAGCUGUACAUGAAUCAUUCACUGGAAUAGAAACAUCAAAGAAAACUAAAGAAAAACAGCACUCAUCGAAUGUUCAGCUCAACCUGCCUGUACCCCAGCUAGUGCCCAAAUCUGAGGAAUCCAUGCCACAAAAUAAGUCUGGGUUAGUGGCUGUGUGCCCUCCUUGGAGAAGGUCUAGAAGCACAGUCAAAGGAAGAGUAAAACCUGAGCUGGUAGUCUCAGGUGAGCAAAAUAAAAUGAAAGAAGUUAACAGCCAGCUGCCAAACAAACAGGUAGCAGCAAACCUUGAAGAAAAUGGGCUUUCUAUAAAGACAUUUAAGCAUUCUGAUGGCAAUGGUUUCAAUACAACUAAAAAAGUGUCAAACCUUAAAGAAAAUGCUUGUUUUGCCAAGGAAGUGACCCACAAUGAAGGUUCUACAUUUAUUGCAAAACAGCAAACCACAUCUCAUCUUAAAGAAAACGGUCCAUCAGGUACCUCCAUACCCUGCUCUAGGAGUCCCACAAAUAAUGCAACUAAAUGGCACAGAGGAUCUCAGUAUAAAGAGAAAAAUACCGCACCUCAAGAAGUACCUCGUAGUGGGAGUCCAUCACUUUCUACAGCCAGACAGCUUACAACAGCUCCCCCAAAACCCAUUACAUCAGUUAAACAAACCCCACAGAGCACAAGUCCUUCAUUUGACAUAAUAAAACUUCUGACACCCAUAAUUCCAACAAGGCAAGAGACAGAUUCCAUAGAAAUAGGAUCAGUUGCCAUCAGUCCACCAAUAAUAGAUAAAACAAAUCAGGAUCAUGAUGCAAAAGGAGCUCCUGAGUACAAAUCAAGAGAGAGCUAUAAAUCCAAGGCUCCAAGUCUGCUGUUCAACCUAAAAGAUGUCCGCAAACGUGUAAAGAGCACUUAUAGUCCUUCUUGUGUACCUAAAAUGUCUGAAGAAAAGACCAAGAAUAAAGAAAUUGUGAAACAGGAAAGCAGCCUGAAACAUGUAAAUGCAAUAUAUGAGCCACAAAAACUGCAAGAAAGUAUCAAAGAUUAUUCUGCUAAUAAAGAAGUCGACCAGAUAAUAUCAAAUAAACAAAAUGAACCCCCCAGUUUGCAAACAUCAGAUGUUAAAGCAGUACCUAAUAAAUAUGAUGCUGAUGCAAAUAAAACAGAUAACUAUCUUACCUUAAGUUCACCUCAGACUAUAAAAGAUUCAGGUAGCCUUAAAGAAUCAGAUACAAUAGUUCCUGAAAGUAAUAAACAAGAUGAUUUAAAGGAUAUACAAGUUCCUGAAAAUAAUAGCCAACAGUGUAAUAUAAAAUUAUUUCAUGAAAGUAACAAGCAUCAUGAGAAAGUAAAAGAACAUGAAGGAUAUGUAAUGUCUGACCAGCGGCUUGUAUCAAAAGAAAAAAUGAAAUGCCCCAAUUUAAAUCUGCACAUAAAGGAAGAAGUUGAAGGCAAAGCAGGUACACCCCAUUUUGUCAGGAAACGUUAUGCUGCUUCUCAGUUUUCAGAGCCAGCUCUGCCCACCAGUAAAACUGGUAACGGGCACCAAAUUGUUCCAAGCGGCAGAAAAAGUGCAGCAAGCCCUAUACUGCCAGUAUGGGAAAAAGAAUCAUACCAAAGGCAAAUAUGUUUGAAUCCUAACAAAGUAAACAAAGAUAGCAAAGCAUUUUCUAGACCGUCUUACUUGGCCAUGGAAGGCAUUAAUCAUUCUGAGAAGGAGCGCACAAAGACAAGUGAUAAUAGUGAAGAUAGUGGUGGUAAAUGCAAUAACUUAGGUGUUAAAGACAUUGCAAAUAAGGAAGGGCAUGUGGCAAAGGCAGAACUGCAGUAUUAUGAUUUAAGUAAUGGCAGUAAAAGUGAUAAGACAGGUGAGAAGAUCAUUUCAGAUGUUAAUGGUGAAAGUGAAAGAAUGUUGAAAGAAGGUCUGCGGGACUUAUUGAAACAAAUGGAAAUAAGCAACUUAAUGGAGCCAUUGCUGGAGGAGAACUCGUACAAGUCAGAUGCAUCAACACCAACUACUCCUUCAACCCCUUGCAAACUGACCAUGUUUUCGGUUAAGGACAAUACAUUUAAAUCCCCUCCUUUAAUAAGGACCGUGAAGCUGCCCGUGCUGAAACCAUUUUCUGAAAAUGCUCCAUUGGACAACGCCAAGGAAACAGCAACUCAUGCACAAUUAAAUUCUCAAAAUGAAAUACCAUCUCUGCAUAUUAAAGAGUCACGUCCUACCCUUUUGCCAGAAUUGCAGUUACAGAAGUUACAGAAUUCAUCUACAUCAGAUGACAUGGCUCAUGAAGCUGGUUCUGCAUUCAGUAAAGUAAUUUCCGACAGCAAAGUGGGCAUCACCCCACCAUCCAUAUUGUCAAGGGGUUUGGGGAGUUCAGACUAUUCUGGCAUAAUGCCACAACCUAGCACAUCAAAACAGAUAUCAAACAAUUUAAAGGAUUCAGUUAUAACCAACACAAUAUGUGAUAACAGAGAAAAUACAAAAUCUGUAAGUGAAAGAUGUGAUUCAGGAGUAGCAAGUGGUGGUGGAAUGGAAGAUUUUACAACUCUUAGUAUGUCUGAUGAUAUUUUAAGUCCUAUUAUAACAAGUUCUGUUUCAGAAGGGGCAGUGGGUUCAGCUCUGUUUAGUCCAAUUUCUGACGAUGCAAAACACACCACACAUCAGAGCACAGCGUCAGAAGAUAUGACACACUUUCCAGAAUCAGUUACCUCACAAAGAAACAAAGCAGAUUCUACUUUGGAGGGUAUAGAAGAAAAUCCCGUUUGUGUGACUUCUGUAGAAAUGUCUCAACGGGCAGCAAAUGUUGAUAACUAUAGAUCUGCAAGUCAAAUAUUAAAUGCUGUGCCUUCUUCAGAAAGAACAACAGGCAAACCUCCAUCAGUUCCACCUAAAAGUGAAAAAGCUAUCCGACGUGCAAAGAAAUUAGCUAACAGAAAGAAAAAGACAAAGGUGAUACAAAAUAAGGAGGACAGUGGAGACAUUCAUAGGACAGAAGUUAAUGACAUUUGUAGUGUACCAACAUCACCAAUACCAGAAGAUUCAACUUCUCAGUAUUUACUUUAUCCACAAAGUAAUUCACCAAUUCCUGAUUCUUCUCUUGCUUCCUCACUUCCUAACAUUUUAGCUCUCAGUGGAACACAGUCAGUAAUGCCAGUGUCAUCAUUUCCUGUCACACAGAGGAAACUUCUUCAAGACCCAGAGUCUGGUCAUUAUUUUGUUGUUGAUAUACCCCUUCAAAUGAAAGAAAAGACCUUCUAUGAUCCUGAAACAGGCAAAUAUAUCCAGGUGUCUGUACCAUCGGCAGAGUCAGAUUUAUCACAUGCAUCCUCAUUAGAAGUUUUAAAUACCCCUUAUUUGUUGUAUCCGAGUUUCUUGUCUUUACCAUUAACAACUGUCACAACUUUAAGAUCGCCUUCUCAGCUUUCUGCCCCGGCAGCACUAAUGGGAGAACCCAUGGAACUGGAGAAUCCAUUAGUAUACCUUACUGACCCAACCGAUACUUAUCAGUCAGAAGGUGCAGAGAAUCAGCCAUACAUUGAACCCGUAUACAAUCCUUAUAAGUAUCAUUUUGAUGAACUACAUCAUCCUUCUGAAAAGCAUAUAUCUGAAUGUAAGAAUGCAGACAUAAUUUCAAUGAAUGAAUUGGAAGAUUUUGCUUUUGACGACUUAUAAGUAGAACACUAAAAUAUUAUUUUUCACAGCCACAUGUAUGUUUGAAGAAUGUUAAAACAGUGAUGAGUUUUUAUGCAAUUACUAUACAAAAGCAAUAUAAAGCAAUGAAUGUUCUAUCAAAACCAGCACAUUGCUGUAACAUAGACUUUACUAGACAGUUUUUGCACAUCUAUCACAGAAGGUAUUCUCUCAAAUAAAACUCAAAUAUUUCCAGACUAUAUCGUUUACAGAACAUAUUAUUAUUUUAAUAAUAACUUCAGUGCAAAGCACUGAAGAAGUGAUUGUCCUUGAAGGGCAGUAAAGCCAAGCUUUAAAAUCUUACACAAAUUUGCCGAACCUCCCCGUCACAAACUGUGUAUAGAAUUAAUAUUUUGUCUAGGAGGCCUAAUGCAAGUAAUUAAUCAUUUUUAAUGCUACAUUAGUCAAAGUUCUUUAUAGAUGAUUUAAAUAUUCUGUCUAAAAUUAUUUACCUUAACUGGUAUAGAAUGUUUUGCAGCAUUUUGUGAAACUACAUUUUCAACAUGCUAAUUCAUUAAAAUGUGUUUGUACAAUUGUAUACAGUAACAAUACUAAAAUAUUUUUUUGCUUAGUUUAAUCUAGAUUUUAUAUGGCCAUAUUGAAUAACAUAACUGAUGCAAAUAUUUAGACCUUUAAAAGCACCAUUCCAUAGAUCAAAGUUAAAAAUAAUAAUGAAUAUAUUUGCAGUUGACAGGUUAUGUAUUUGCACACGUGCUUUUAAGAACUUUGGGGGACUGCUGAACUAUGUAUCUGUAGCACUUUCUGAAAGAGUUUUUGAACCACUGUUUUGCAGAGUUCUAAAUGGAUUCUCUUUUUGUGUAUAUAAAUCUGCAUGGAUGCUUGAAUAAUUUCUCAGAAUAUAAUGUUUAUUUUGGAUUUCAAA